CGCCAUUGGCGGGAGCCUCAAGAGCCUGGAGAGGGGCAGGGGGGACUCCUUGGAGCCGCUGCAGCCCAGAGCAGAGAAUGAGGGGAGAAGGGAGCCCGGGAGCCCAAACAGCCCCGGCAUCCCGAAAUGGGGAGAGCGAAGCAGGGGGAGCUUUUGGCAUUGCUGGGACUGCCAGCAGCCUGGGCAGGGUGGGCACUGAGGAGAAGGGGGACCCCCAAUCCAAGCAUGACCCCCAGCAGCUGGGACAGGGGGGAACCCCAGAACAGCAAAGGGGAGGACCAGGGACGGGGAACUCCUGGGAGGCUUUUUCAGGGCUGAAUCUGGGUGUUUGGGAGGUUUUCGUGGAGACGAGAUGGCCGGUGACUUUUAGACAUGGACUUGGGCAAAAGGGACCUUCAAACUCAGUGUGUGUUGAUGAAGAUGAAACAGGAAAGCCUUAUAAAUAUGAUUGUCUGGCAAAAGACUUUGAGAAGAUAGAAAGUAUAAGGAAGACUGAAAUGAAAGCAAGCUCUGAGAUACGUCAGUUAGUGAACAACUGGAAAACAAUGGUGUGACCCAAAUGAAGGAUUUCCCAUUGCCAGCCCUACGGAGGCUGAGAGGAAGAGGAAGUUUCCCCGGGACACUGAGGCAGAGCAGGAGCUGAGCAUGGAGAGCAGGGAGGACAAAUGCCCGCGGCAGAACCUGGUGGCAGAGGCCGUUUUGAGCGGCUCCACGGCGCAGGAAGUGAGCGGGGAGGAAAAGCCCCGGAGAUGCCACAUGAGGAGGGGCUGCAAACGCAGCCGGCGGGGAUCUGAGGGGGAAAGAGCCAGCCUGGGCCGGGAAGGCGGCCGGAGACGGAGCCAGAGCUCGGAGCUGGUGCUCCAUGAGCAGCUCCAUGAUGGGGAGAAGCCCCACACGUGCGUGGAGUGUGGGAAGAGCUUCAGGUGGAACUCCGACCUGAUCAGGCACCAGAGGUUCCACACUGGGGAGAAGCCCUAUGAGUGUGGGGAGUGUGGGAAGAGCUUCAGCCAGAGCUCCGACCUGAUUGUCCACCAGAGGACCCACACUGGGGAGAAGCCCUAUGAGUGUGGGGAGUGUGGGAAGAGCUUCAGCCGGAGCUCCCACCUGAUGAAGCACCAUAGGAUCCACACUGGAGAAAGGCCGUACAAGUGCUCCGAGUGUGGGAUGUGCUUCAGCCAGAGCUCCGGCCUGAUCACGCACCAGAGGACCCACACUGGGGUGAGGCCCUAUGAGUGUUCCAAGUGUGGGAGGAGGUUUCAGAGCAGCUCCAAUCUCCUCCAGCACUAUCGGAUUCACAGGGAGGAGAGGCCCUUCCAAUGCCUCGAGUGCGGGAAGGGAUUCAAGCACGACUCCACCCUUGUCAAGCACCGGCGCAUCCACACUGGGGAGAGGCUCUACGAGUGUGAUAAAUGCAGGAAGAGGUUUCAGACCAGCUCCCAUCUCCUCCGGCACUAUCGGAUUCACACAGAGGAGAGGCCCUUCCGCUGUCCUGACUGUGGGAAGGGAUUCAAGUACAACUGCAACCUCAUCACCCACCGGCGCAUCCACACAGGGGAGAGGCCCUACGAGUGUCCCCAGUGUGGGAAGAGCUUCUCCAGCAGCUCUCACUUGACCCAACACCAACGGAGGUGCCAGUAAGGGAAGCCCUGUGAGUGCCCCGGGUGCAGGCAGAGCUUCGUGCGCUGCUCCUGCUCCAUCCCCCACUGGAGGAGGCACUUUGGGCACAGCCCUGGUCACUCACAUUCCCUGUGAUCCAUGUUGAGAACACACCUGGCUGCUUCUACUUUUAAUUUCACGUUAAUUUUUUUCUAUUCUCCAUCUCUUUGCACUGCAGAAGCCAAGAGGAAUAGAUCUGUCACCUCAGAACCACUGAAAUCCCAGUGAAAACAGCUCAAUCUAACCCCAAAAAGAGCUCAAACCUACCUCAAAAACUCAGUCCCACACCAAACUCACUCGAUUCCGCAGCCAUCAGGCUGAGAUGAGGCUGGGAGGUGAUUUAGAGUCGUGGGGUCCCAAUUAGAGUGGUGGGAUGGAGAUUGUGUGGGGCUGGGUGUGUGGGAUGUAUUUGACAGCAAAUAAAACUCUGAGACUUAUUGAUUUCUCUCCCGUUCAUGUUCAGUCUUUUGCAGUUAUGUUUGCAGAGUGCCGCCUUCUCAGCUCAUUGUCUUGGUGUCCCCUUUUCUCUCCUGCCUCUCCUUGCCUGCUCUGUUUCUCUCUCAGUGUCUCCCUGGGCCCACGGACCACCAGAGACCCUGCCCUGAUUUAAUUGACCCAGGCACCACCAGAGACCCUCCCUAUAUUUAAUUGCCUCAGGGACCACCCAAUACCCUCCCCUGAUUUAGUUGACCUUUCCCUGAUUUAAUUGACCCCUCCCAUGAAUUGACCCCUCCCCUGAUUUAAUUUACCCUUUCCCUGUUUUAAUUCCCCUUCCCCCGAUUUAAUUGACCCCUGCCCUGAUUUAGCUGUCCCAUUCCCUGAUUUAAUUGACCCUGCCCUGAUUUAAUUGACCCCUGCCCUGAUUUAGAUCACCCCUCUAGGGUUCCCACAGACCCUCCCCUGAUUAUUUAUUAUUUUAUUUCCCAACUAGUAUUUCAAUUCCCAGUCCCAGGAGCUGAAGUCCUGAAGGCUGACAGGGAAAUGUCUCUGUAGGAUUUUGCUCCGUUUCCCUUCAAGGGCGGGAACAACUUUUCCUGGCUGGGAGCUGGAAUUGCAGACUUUUGGAAUGUGUGCAGGGCAAUAUGGACUGGGAUCAAACAUGGACUAGGAUCAGAUAGGGGUUGGGAUCAAAUAUGGACUAGGAUCAAACAGGGACUGGGAUCAAAUAUGGACUGGGGUCAAAUAUGGACUGGGAUCAAUUAUUGAUUGGAAUCCUACAGUGUAGGAUAAACUGGACUGAGGUUAUAUAGACUGGGAUCAAAUAUGGGCUGGGAUCAAAUAUGAAUUGGGAUAAAAAAUGGACUCGGAUCAAAUAUGGACUAAAAUCAACUAUGGACUGGGAUAAACUGGACUGGGAUCAAAAAUGACAGAUUUUAUGGACUGGGAUCAAAUAUGGACUAGGAUAAGCUAUGGACAGGGAUUAAAUAUGGACUGGGAUCAAAUAAGGAUUGGGAUCAAAUGGACUGGGUUGCUACAGACUGGGAUAAACUGGACUGAGGUAUAUAGAUGUCACGGUUUGAGAGGAAGUUAGUUUUCUGGGAUAUGAAGUGGUCAGGCCAAUAGGUGCUCACAUUUGAAUACUGGCACCUGGUUUGGCCACUGGGGACAUUGGAUACGCCUCUGAGAACUCAGGGGUUAAAAAGCAGAGCACUCCCAAGGGAAGCUCUCUUGGGUUCCAGCGAGGGAAGCAGGGCCUCCCCUGCCCAGCUCCUGGCUGGUUUGGGGCUGGGUGAGGUAGGCCUGGCCCGAGGAUGGAAGGGUGGAAGAGCCCCGAGAGGCAUCGGGCAGCCACACCUCCCCCCAGGAGAGAGAGAGAGACAGAGCGCCUGUGCCACCGUGAAAUUUGAUAUCCUGUGCUGGCAGCACAGCCCGGCUGGCGGAGAAGGGCGGGGGGAUGCAGCGAGAAGGGGUCCGGCAGCUGUGGGAGCUUUGGGCGGGCAGAGCCCAAGCUUUUAACCCUUUUUCGGACAAGGAAAUCUUUGCAGAACAUUAACCUUUCCUAGAAGAGAGAUAAGAGAUGAAAUGGAGGAAGGAAAUGUGCAAGUGUGAAGGUCUGGGCAAGUGAAAGAUGUCGGGAGAGUAGAGAAGAAUCUUAGGUGGGAAGAGAUGAUGGAGUGGCCUUAGCUGGACUUUUCCUGUAUAGCCAUGGACAGAACCAUGUUUCCUGUGACACAGAGACUGCAUCCAGGGGGAGGCAAUGGCUCAGAGCCAAGAGGGUUCAGUGUUGGUACCCCUGGGCCCCAGGGGGUGAAAUUUGGGGGGCACAGGUGUUCCAAAGGUGAGACUGUGCCCUUUUUGGAACGGGACAAAUCAUCCUUAAAAGGACAACCCUAGAAGCAGCUCUUGACCAUGUGCAGUGGUGAGAGCACUGAGCAUGGAAGGAAGAUGUCACAAUGUUCUCCAGGCGGUGCCACGAGUGACGUAGAAACACACGAGGUUUCAGCAGUGUUUCCUGGGGAAGCCUAUGGCACAAGAAGGAUUCCUCUCCCCUUGAUGAACUGAGAAUUCAUUACCUAAAGGUUGGUGAUGGACCGAGAGUUGGUGAUUUGUGGGAUAGAUGUAUUGGAAAUUUGGUGGGAGGGGGAGGAAAUGUUUUUGGAAAGUUUUCAUUUUCCCUGUGUGUUUCUUGUUACUUAGAGUUGUAGUUUAGUUAAUAAAGGUUUCUUUUCUUUA